GCAGCGCCUGAGUCGACCUGUGGAGUCAACCUGUGCCAACAAAUAGCGCAUGGUAGUUAACGACUUCCUCCAGGAUGUAGAGUGUUGUUUCCCGUACGCGGGAGGGGACUUGAGGCAUCGUGUCUCGUUCCUAGUGAGCGAUGAACUCCCCAUGGACAUGUUGUUAGGUAUGUACUACCUCUUUGUGGCACAGCCCCAGUUUGACUCGGACCGAAAAGUGGUCAAACACACUCUGCCAGGUGGAGGGACCGCCAGAUUACAUAAGUUCAAAGCUAGUAGUCUGAUUGAGUCCUACGGGUGCAUGUGUGCGGCCGCGUUCUACAAUUAUUAUAAGCAAAAUCAGGAGGAGGGUAUGUGCUUAGUUUAUGUCUCUGCUGUAGGCGAGCCGGUGAAAAUGCCGCCGGAGAUAGAGGGCGUAGUUGCCAAGUACCCUGAUCUAUUUGAAGAGCCAACAGGGGUUGUUGAUAGGGAGGUCGUCCACGCGAUAGAGAUUAUCCCAGGGUCUAGUAUUCGGAAGGGUAGGAUCUAUAGGAUGUCUCCAGGCGAGCUUGAUGAGCUUCGCCGCCAACUCAAGGAACUCGUAGAGAAGGGUUGGAUCCGGCCGAGUGUCUCUCCUUACGGAUCUCUAGUACUAUUCGUACCUAAGAAGAAGGAGGGCACUCUCAGGAUUUGCAUUGACUAUAGGGGCCUCAAUGCCAUCACUGUGAAGAACAGAGAGCCCCUACAGGGCAUCGACGAUUUGCUAGAUAGAGUGCAAGGAUGUCGGUACUUCAGCAAGAUAGAUCUGAAGUCCGGGUACCAUCAGAUUGCAAUUCGGCCCGAGGAUCAACACAAAACCGCUUUUCAGACCAGGUACGGUCCGUACGAGUUUGUGGUGAUGCCUUUUGGCCUUUGCAAUGCUCCUGGCACCUUUCAGCACACUAUGAAUCGGAUAUUCCAUGACUACUUGGAUAAGUUUGUCAUCGUGUACCUCGAUGACAUACUUAUUUUUAGUAAGACUGUCGAGGAACAUGUUGCACACUUGGACAAAGUCCUCGGCCUCCUGCGACAACACAAGUUCAAGAUCAACGGUGAGAAGUGUGAGUUUGGCCGCACCCGUGUCUUGUACUUGGGUCAUGAGAUCUCCACGGAAGGGUUGAAGCCCGAUGACGCGAAGGCGGCCAGCAUUCGUGAUCGGCCACAUCCUCAGUAUGUGACUGGGAUGAGAUCUUUCUUAGGAAUGACAGGCGACUAUAGAACUUUCAUGAAGAACUAUAGCAUAGUGGCCGCUCCUUUGACUGAUCUGACGCGCCUUGACACCCCAUGGGAGUGGACAGAUAAGUGUGAGGCUGCUUUCAGACAUCUGAAGCACGCAUUAACUCACCAUGAAGUCUUAAACCUUCCUGAUCCUGACAAACCGUUCAUAGUCACUACGGAUGCCAGCCAAUACGGCAUUGGCGUCGUGCUCGCGCAGCAGGAGGGRCCAAAGUUGAGGCCAGUUGAGUACAUGUCUAAGAAAAUGCCGUCUCAGAAGUUGGCUAAGUCCACUUAUGAGAAGGAACUCUAUGCGGUGUACAAGGCUCUYACCCAUUGGAGACACUAUCUCCUUGGGAGGUUCUUCAUUCUCAGGACUGAUCAUCAGACCCUGAAAUGGAUGAGAACCCAGCCGGUACUCUCUGACGCUCUCAAGCGUUGGAUCGAAGUCAUUGAGCAAUAUGACUUUGACCCUCAGUAUCUCAAAGGGGAGUAUAACAAGGUUGCUGACGCCCUGUCGCGCAGACCAGACUUCUCAGGUGCGCUGAUUACUGAGUUCAGUCUUACAGACAAUGUUACUCAAUCUUUGGUGGAAGCCUAUUGCAAGGACCAGUUUAUGUCUGAGAUCCUACGCAGACUUGAGGCGAAGGACAAGAAGACGUCCGCCGAGUUUGAGUUGGUUAAUGGCUUGCUGUUCCUUGAGAAGGCAGGGAAUAAACAAUUGUGUGUUCCCAAUAGUGAAUCUUUGCGUAGUUUGUUUUUAGGUGAGUGUCGUGAUGCCACCGGUCAUUUCGGGUACAAGAAGACCGCAGCCAACUUGCUGCAGCGAUUCUGGUGGCCCACGAUGAUGCGAGAUGCACAACUAUACGUGGAGACUUGUCAAGUUUGUCAACGCGACAAACCACGUACUCAGGCUCCUCUUGGGCUUCUGAAGCCCCUUCCAAUUCCCGAACGGCCUGGUGAGAGUCUGUCCAUGGAUUUCAUGGAUACUCUGAUCACCAGCAAGAAUGGAAUGCGUCACAUUUUCGUCAUCGUGGAUAGAUUUAGUAAGUAUGCUAGGUUAGUAGCUAUGCCGGAAACAGCAAAGACGGAGUACGUGAUUAGAAUGUUUAAAGAGAACUGGGUCAGGGACUUUGGUCUACCGAAGUCCAUUGUUAGUCACAGGGAUGUGAGAUUUACAAGCGAGUUGCGGAAGGCUGCUGCUAUAGAGCAGGGCACUCAGUUGCAAAUGACUUCUGGGAAUCACCCAGAAGCUAAUGGCCAGGCUGAACAACUGAACCGCGCUGUACAACACCUGUUGAGGCACUAUAUCAAGCCCAACCAGGUGGACUGGGAUGAGAAGCUUGCUCUCGUCGCCAGUCUGUAUAACAACGCAGUACACAGCGCCACUGGGAUGAGCCCGAACAGUUUACAAUUGACUUUCAAGCCGAAACUACCCCUUGAUUUCCUCCUACCUGAGCAUGAGUCAACUGUUGCACCGGGUACGUUAGAGUUUGCUUACAGAUAUGAACAGAAAAUGCAGCAGGCGGUAGAACAGAUGCAAAAGGCACAAGCAGCGAUGAUAGAGUCCGAAAAUACACACCGCCGGCCUUCUACAUUUCAGGUUGGGGACAGAGUCUGGGUUAAGUCUUCAGAACUGGGACAGGAGUACGGGAUAUCCCGCAAACUCAUGCCUCAGUACUUUGGACCUUGGGAAGUCUUGGACAUCGCCGGAACAGAUCCGGAUGGGCCAUCAUAUGUUGUCCGUAUUCCUGGUCAUCUUCGUACUUACCCUGUCUUUCACGCCUCCAAGCUGGCACCUUUCAAAGAGAACGACCAGUUUCCAUCUCGUCGCUCAAUGCUGCCCCCAACCAUGGACGGAGAAGUCGACAUCGAUGAUAUUGUCGACCACAGGGAGAUGCCCGUUCAAAAGCCUCCAGGAAGGGGACGUCCUCCCAAGCCAAAGCUGCAGUUUCGUGUCCACUUCAGACAUCACACGGAUCCGAAGGAGGACCGCUGGUUUACUCGGGAGGAAUUAAUGCAGACCGCUCCUCAAAUCGUUGCCCAAGGAUGUAUUGAAAGGAAAGCGCCAGAUUGCUCAGGAUUGAGCUUCUCAGAGGACUGUUGAAGCUAUGGAGGAGGGAAUGCGAGGCCACUGCCUCUAGAGCCCCAUAAGGCCCCACUAUCACAGCCCGUCGGCCGCCCUAAGUGAA